AGAAAAAUUAGGUAUAAAUUUUAGACUCUGUUCUCUCCUUUUAGCCUGAUAGCCAGAGUCUUCUUGUUUAGAGUUGAGACUUCAGACUAGCGAUUCUUCACAUUGAGUACUAGUCUUCUGCUUCUUCAGUUCUUCCUCUCGUAACUGUACAAUUAGUUGGCAGUGGACGCUCGCAUCUAUACCGUUUAUUAAAUCCUUGCAUCUGUACUAUUAAUUAAAGCCUUUGUUAAGAAAUUCAAGCCCCACCAAGGUUGUGAUCCUGGAUCCGCCACUGCUAGUAAUCUCCACUCCGAGCCUCAACUUCAAAGACACAAACUCCCGCCGGCGAGACCUAAGACGCUUAACUUUCUGGCAGACUAGAAGGGCAUGGCAAGGCAGAGGCCGAAUAUAUUGGUGACUGGCACACCCGGAACAGGGAAGACAACAAUGUCGUCUGCCUUAGCAGAAGAGACACAGCUUCGCCACAUCAACAUAGGUGAGUUGGUCAAGGCAAAGAGCCUCCAUGAUGGCUGGGACAAUGAGCUUGACUGUUACGUCAUUAAUGAAGACCUGGUGUGCGACGAGCUUGAAGAUAUGAUGGAAGAAGGAGGGAACAUAGUGGACUACCACGGUUGCGAUUUCUUCCCUGAGAGAUGGUUUGAUCUUGUGGUUGUGCUUCAGACUGACAACACUGUCUUGUAUGACCGUUUGACUCAAAGAGGGUAUUCCGGCUCUAAACUUUCCAACAAUGUUGAAUGUGAAAUAUUUCAAACUCUGCUUGAGGAGGCAAAAGAGAGCUACCCGGAAAAUAUUGUACAACCUCUGAAGAGUGAUAGCAUUGAAGACAUUUCAACGAAUCUCGCUUCUUUGACUGAUUGGGUGAGGAGGUGGCAACCAUCAACUUAGUCUGCCACGGUAUAGUUCUGCUUGAAGCAGGUUUUUGGUUGGUCGUUUCAUAUGGUCAAACAUCUAAGAUGAGGUUUCUUGUACUAAUGUUAUAGUUUAUUCAAAUCCAAUUUCUUGUCAUUUUAAUGUUGAUGUGAUCUGAGGAUUUGGUGAAAUCAAAUUUCUUUUCAAAGUUAUCCACAUAAGAUUGAAUUAUUAUGUUGGAUACCAGAUUUUGUUUGGACCACUAGUUAGAUUAAUGUCUUCUGCUUGUUACAGUA